UGAAGAUCUUCAUUUGGGUCACUAUCAUUGAUCCUAUUUUCGCCUCUCUUUCUCUUCUUUGUUCUUCCUCUUCUCUUAUAACUAUCGAUCCCUUUCUCUCUCUUUUCCUCUUUUACUCCAACCUGCUCAAAUCUUCUUCCAUCAUUGCUAUAUCACACUCUCGACAACUUCCCUUCUUUCCUUCCCUUAUGGGUUUCCCAGGUGCCCCCUUCUUCUUCUUCUCCCUCUCUCUACACCGCUAAUAUUUUUUCAACUGGAAUCUCAUGCCUCAUUUGUGGUUCUGAACAAGCCCAUAAAUUAGAUUAGCUGUGAAGGAACAUCCACAGAUAUUCAGAUUCAUAACCUGUUGGUUUUGAUUCUGAAACUAAAUUACAGUUAUUAUCCAAUUGUAUACCCAGUAGAUUGAUAAGCUGCUCAGGAGGUGUUGUCGGCUUGCUGCUUUCGGAGCUUUGUUCUGAGUAGAUAAGUUGAUCACACCUCGACAACAUGCCGUAUUAUGUUCAGAGACUUUAUAGGUUAUGCAAUACAUCCCUUUCAUCUGAUGGACCUGUGUCUGAUGAAGCUAUUGAAAAAGUUCGUGAGAAGUUAGAAAAAAUCAAGCCAUCAGAUGUUGGUCUUGAACAGGAGGCACAAGCGGUUAGGAACUGGUCUGGAGCAAUGCUUGAGCGUAAUGGGGGCAUUCAACCAUUGCCUCCAAUCAAAUACUUGCAUUUACAUGAGUCCAACAGCUUCUCUAUAGGAAUUUUCUGCAUGCCCCCUUCAUCUGUUAUUCCUCUGCAUAAUCAUCCCGGAAUGACAGUGUUCAGCAAACUCUUAUAUGGAUCAAUGCAUGUUAAAUCGUAUGACUGGAUCGAUCCCUCUACCCCAAAUGAUCCAGCUGAAGCUAGACCCGCAAAACUUGUAAAAGAUACGGAGAUGAUGGCACCAACUCCAACAACGGUUCUUUAUCCAACUCACGGAGGAAACAUACAUUGUUUUAGAGCCAUAACUCCAUGUGCAAUCCUCGACGUGUUAUCUCCGCCUUACUCUGCAGACAAUGGAAGGCACUGCUCUUACUUCCGCGAAAGGAACGAUCUCCCAGGCAACUUUGAGUUCAACGGGGUCACAUUUUCCAACAUAACAUGGUUGGAAGAAUUUGAACCUCCCGAUGACUUUGUUAUCCGGCGAGGGCUGUACAAGGGUCCGGUUAUCAGAACUUAAAGGCAUACCUUUCUAUGUUUUGUGUAAUUUUAACACUAGAGAGAGAAAUUGGGUUACUAUCUAUUUAGGUUUACAGAUUACAAGUUACAACAAAGGGAGAUUGUGUCCAGAAAAGCCAAUGCUAUAUAAUAAUUAUAUCUAGGGCGAUUUCAGCUAGGCAUUUUGGCUUGUACAUAACACAAUGCACUAUGGUUGUUGUUGCAGUUUCUCUAUAUAUAAGUCAUAAGUCCCUGGCCUUAGUUUAAUC